AUGAGUAUAUUUCAUCCAUUUCAGAUUCCACAACAGUAUAGUUAUUCCUAUGAGAUAUUGUUAGACAGUCUGCUUACUGGUUUGAGUACUGAUCUGGAGAAAGUUAGAUCUAUUUUUAUCUGGCUGGGUAGUCAGAGAAUUAAAUAUUUGGACGAUGUUAUGAGCGACAUUAAAACACCUUUUGGCUACAUGCUUUAUAUGAAGAAUGGAAAUGGAACAUUCGCCGAAUUUUUCGCACAGCUUUGCAGAUUUAUAAAUAUACCAUGUGUUAUUGUACGAGGUAUUGCUAAAGGGGCACGAUAUGAGGUUGGGGAUGACGAUCUAUAUGACUCGAGAAGUAUCUGGAAUUGUGUUUUUAUAGACGGGGAAUGGCGAAUCAUCCACUGUCAUUGGGCUUUCACUGGUCUUGUUGGAUACAACCAUGGGAGAUGGACAACUCUAGAAGCGGAAAGUCGUGGAAUGAUCGAUCACCAAAAACCAUCGGGUGGUUAUCAAGUCUUUGGAAUUGAUGAAUUUUACUUUCUUACCGAUCCUGACGAAUUUUGUUACUUUUGUUUACCAAAUGAAGAAAUGAAAAGAUGGCAGUUAAUGGAGAAUCCGUGGACAUACCAGAAAUUCGUCUCCGUGCCGUUCCUGCAUGAAUCCUUUUUUCUUUAUGAGAUGAAUUUAAUGUCCAGAGAAAAAGGGGUGAUUCAAGCACCGGACGGGCAGGUACCUUCCCAGGGACAAGCAAUAGACGUAUACAGCAGAGGCGUACAACAGGGUUUGAUAAGUGAAAUCCUUAAUUAUAGACGACCAAUCAGAAUAAUCCAUGACAUCAUGAAAGCAACAUUUAUUUUAUUGGGAGAAGAAGAAGAAAAACUAGAGGUAAACCUUUUAAUUUAUUAG